AUGUGGAAGACGACGACCGUGCUCUUCCUCGUUACCUGUGGGAUAGCUAUUUUUCUUCGGAAUAAUCCUAUAAACAUACCCGAUUUGCCAGAUGUAUUUUGGGGACCGGAAAAAAACAAAGGAGUAUCAAAAGAAGUACGACCUUUUGCUGUCGUUGUGCAGCAGCCGGUAAUUGACGACCUAAAUGAACGGCUAGCAAAAAGAAGGGAAUUAAGAGAGCCAUUGGAAGAUAGUGCAUGGACUUACGGCAUCAGUACGACGUACUUGAAGGAUGUUCUUGAAUAUUGGAGAACAAAAUAUAACUGGACUGAGCGGGUUGCGUUGCUCAAUAAGUAUCCUCAAUACGUGACUAAUAUACAAGGUCUGGACAUACAUUUUUAUCAUGUGAAACCCAAUAUCCCGGCGGAACGGAAAAACAUAAAGGUUUAUCCAUUACUGAUUAUGCACGGUUGGCCAGGAUCCGUGGUGGAAUUCCAGAAAAUUAUUCCCAUGUUAACGACACUGCGUGCUGACAAGGACUUUGCGUUUGAGGUAAUCGCACCUUCGCUUCCGGGAUAUGGAUUCUCGCAAGCGGCCGUACGACCAGGAUUGGCCACACCGCAGAUAGCUGUUAUAAUGAAAAACCUUAUGUUGCGUCUUGGUUUUAAUAAAUUUUACGUCCAAGGCGGAGACUGGGGCAGCGACAUUGCUUCUAAGUUAGCUUCUCUUUUCCCAGACAACAUUGCUGGUAGUCAUAUGAAUAUGUGUGUGGGCAAUUUUAUGAGCAAGUCCAGUAUGCUGUGGACUUUGAUCGGUUCGUAUUUUCCAUCGCUCGUUGUCGAGAGCGAAUAUGCUGACAGAAUGUAUCCUUUGGGACAUCACAUGAGUCGAUUGCUUGAGGAAUCUGGAUACAUGCAUUUACAAGCUAGUAAACCAGAUACUAUAGGUACUGCUGUGUCAGCCUCGCCAGUCGCAUUAGCAGCUUACAUUUUGGAAAAGUUUAGUACAUGGACGAAUCCAGAGUACAAAUUCCGUCAGGAUGGCGGUCUCCUCGAGAAAUUCACGUUAGAUGAGCUUUUGGAUAAUCUCAUGCUUUAUUGGGUUACCAACUCUCUGACUACGAGUGUACGACUUUAUUCCGAACAAUUUGCGACGGCUCAUAUGUCGAGCAGAAUAGACGAAUUAACUGUUGAAGUGCCGUCAGCGUGUGCAAUAUUUCCUUACGAGCUAGCAUAUACACCGGAAAGUCUCCUUCGUGAAAAAUAUACUAAUCUGGUACAGAUUAAUCAUUUGCCGCGCGGAGGUCAUUUCGCUGCAUUUGAAGAGCCGGCUCUCUUAGCGGAUGAUAUAUUUAAAUUUGUGCACACGGUUGAAGAGACCAAGAAGAAAAAUAUGGCUAAAAAUAUGCCAAACAAAGAGAAGAAAAUAAAGGAACCUACGAAAAUUUGAAAGAACAUUUAAUUAUGCUAUUUUAACUAAUUGUACGAGAACAGUAAGAUGUGGAACGGUGUCUAUACAGUGAAUGUCACAUAAAAAUAAUAUAUUUUUUCUGUUUUGUAAAGUUGGGAAAUUUUUUAAAUAAAAUGAUUAUUUUUUUAA